AUGGCACCCAUAUUUUCCGAAGAAGUCUUGAUCGGGCAAGCCGCCGUUUUCUCGGAGUCCCCCUCGCCCCCCAGAGGCGGUUCGACGUCUUGUUGCGCCUUCGCCUCCUUCACCUUUGUGGUCUUCCAAACUUGCCACGCCUUCGAAACAGCGCCCGUGGUCAAGCCCCAGUGCAACAACAACAAAAGUGUCUCAGACCAACCUUUACGUCGUUGUUUCUCACCUUUCGGAUAUGAGAGCCAGCGCGCCAAAGCGAUGGUCUCUCCCUGCCUCUGCACAAUAUCGAGAAAAGGGAGGUCCUUGAUGAAUUGUUUCCUCGCCUCCACGUUUGUCUCGGACUCUGUCCGCCAACCGCGCUCGAAACAAAUGUCGGGCCACAAGGCCACAAGACUGGCGUCGUUUUCUUCCAACAGUUCCUUCGCCUCCAGAAACCAUGGUUUCUUGUAUGUUGGUAAGCCAACGCCCUGCGGACUUGCAAGGGCCAGACGUAAAAUUGAAUAG